UUCAGAGUAUGCCACAGCUGUUUAUAGAGUGCUCUGUUUGACUCAACGUCGACACGCCGAUUCAUUCAUAAAUAUACAGCGAGAGAGAUAGACGUAAACUUUUCCAAACUUUUUCUACGUUUAAAAACUUUUACUUUUUUUGUAUUUUCUCGAUUGAUUACAACCAGUAUAAAGUUUUAAUAGCGUUUGCCUUCUUUGUGUUGCUGAUCAUAAAAGUUUGGUUUUUUACUACACCGCAAACGAGAAGCGCUAAGGCAUGAUGCUCAUAGGCCUUCUGGUAUGGGGCAUUAUUCUAUCUCUGGUUCAUGGUUUGCCCGGAGCUAAAUAUAGAAGUCCCGGAGAGGUUGUCAAGAACCAAAUUCAGCCUGAGCCGACCUGUGAAGAACUUAAAGCAAUGUGGAGAUUUUCAAAACGUCAAUCAAGAGCGGCCGAGCUGACAAAUGAGCUUCCCAUGUAUCCAGACCCCUUUGCUGAAAAUAUCUGGACACCUUUUUUCGCCGCCUCAAGAAGUAUUGCGGGACGGCGUUUUCCAAUAGCCUUUGGUAAAGUAGCUUAUGGCCCCAAUGCUUUAAGAAGCGGCAAAAUUAAUCCAGAGCAUCUAAUGUCCUAUCUACACUAUGAGGCACAACUAGCACCCAGAAGAAGACCAGGAUCAUUUAGGUUACCUGGGGGAGGUCAUACUGUGCACGGCUUCUUCCCUCCAUCUCAGGUCGGGCAAUUCAAUCAUUUAAAGGAACUGAUUAAAACAGAAAGGGCGCGAGAGCUACAACAGCAAAGAAUCGUCGAAGAGGCAGCUGCAAAAGCCGCUGCUAUGAAAGAAGUUGAGCGAAACUUGCCUGGUCGAUACACUGCUGAUCAUUUCUCUUACGAUGUUAGUGAGCCUCAAGAAAUUAUGUAUUCGUCAGAUAUGCCUGAUAUUCAUCAAGAGACGGGACUACAAGAAGAAAGGAAUCAUGGAUCAUCCGAUGGAGUCAUCGCAUUUCCUGACCUAUUAGCACCGGUAGCUCGAGUGAGUCCUGAGGGACAGGUGGCUAGAUUUGUUUCUGAACAUAUGCCAUAUGCAAGGACGCACGGUGGUGGGCGUAUGCGUUCGCACGCACCUAGUCUUUUUGAAACCACUGCUUUUCGUGAUGGGUACUCUGACUACAUCCUGUAGAGGAAUUAAUUGUGAUAAACUUAAGGAUCGCCAUUUCAACAGAAAUUACCAACAGUGGUCCUUGUGAAAAAAUGUUUAUCGCCAAUUUAAAAAAGAAACAUCCUUCUCUACUAGAGUAUACAUCAGUAAACUCGCAUUUUCCAAAAAAAGUAAAACAUUACGCGUUUGUCAGUUUGGUGUUCUUAGAUAAGUGCUAAAGUCAAUCACAGAGAUUUUGUAUAUUUUAGUGUAAUGUACAUGGAAAUCUGAUAAAAACAAUUGUUAAAAGGCUGGACAUUGCGUUUAUCAAAUGGUUCCAUUUUAUGAAUAUAUAGCCCUACCUAAUUCUACAUUUGACAUUAUCACAAUGCCGACAUAUCAAAUGAUGCUAUUUUAAUAUCAAAAAUAGCUAUUUAAAUUGAAUGUUUGUAUUUAAUUCAAUUCUGUUUAAAGUGUAUUUUUGUACUACGGUAGUGCAGAUUGCGUAGGGUUGUAUAUAACCAUAAAAUAGGUGUAUUUUUUGGAUAUUUCAGCCUAACAUACAUUUUUACUUGCCAGUACAAAAUAUCAUUAAGAAUAAUAUGAUAUUAUUUAUGAAAUGAAACUGUAUUUUUUUGAAACGUAUGCCUCGAUGAUAUGAUAGACUGUCUGAAGAAAAUAUAUAUUUUUAAUGGUCGGUGCACUAUUUUGUACACCUAGUUCAAGGAAAAUGUACGAGUAGGCUCUAGAACUUACUUUGCUUGAAUGCAUUUACUUAUUAUAUACUCUAAAUGAAUAUUUCUACAAAAAUGUAGUUGUUAAUGUAAGUUUUUAACUGGAUCCUUUGUGAGGCUGAUCUUUAGGUUUUACUCUUAUGACUGCAUUUAUUUCGAAAAUAAAGAGGUCAAAUUAAAGAUAUCUAUAUAUCCAAGUCAAUUUUUUGUAAAUAUCAAAACUCCAAUAUUUAUUUAUUAGAUGAAAUAAAUGAAACAUUAUUAUUUUAAUUUAUUUAAAUUAUACUUUCAUUUAAAAAAAAUCUUUUUUUAAACUAUCUCUGUUAUUAAAAAUUCAAUCAUAAGAAAAAACCUACUCGUAAAAUAUAUUAUAGGUGUAGAUCACAUAUCUUACUCGCCCUAUGUACAUAUAUCUAUCCGAAGUAUUUUUGCAUAUCUUUCAAAUAUCACCUAACUAAAGUAAAUCCAACAUUCAACAUUAUCACGUAUUACAGGAAGGUAGUUUUAAUGCAGCUAUAUCAAAAAAAUCAAUUAAAAAACCUGAAAUUUUCAAAAAAGGAUUUUACAAAAAGAUAUUUUAAGACGAUUUUAUUGUCUUCUACGAUGUUAAAUAUUUGCAUUCAACUUUUUAAAUAUAUUGUAGGUAAAGGAGAUAAGAAACAGAUUAGUACGUUUAAUAGGUUUAUUAUUUUACACCAUUAACUUUAAAUACAUUUCGAGUUUUCUGUUAUUUUUUAAUACAAUUGAUCUGAUUUCUUAUUUUAUAAAAUUCUUGUUGUUUGACAC